AUGAAUCAAGAAGAAAAGAAACCUUUCAAGACAAGAGAAGAUGAACGAGAUAAGAUUUAUAGAGAGAAACAACGAUUUGGUGAUCCGAUGAGACAAUUGUUUAAAAAAAGAAAAGAAAAAGAAAUAAAGAAAGGAAUUGAAGAAAAAGCACAAGAAAUGAAUGAGAUAAAGGAGGGGAAGAAAGAAAAUAGUACAAAGCAAAGACCAAAGUACCAAGGGAAAUUUCCACAAAAUAGGUUUGGAAUUGCACCAGAUUAUAAGUGGGAUGGGGUUGAUAGAGGGAAUGGGUUUGAAAAGAAAUAUUUUGCAGAAGUGAACAAGAAAAUUAUUCAAAAGAGAAAAGAAGAUUUUAAUGAUGUUGUAGAUUGGUGA